GGAAAGAUCACGGCCGAAGAUGGAAUCCACUUCAAUCCCAUCCAUGUUCACAUUACUUCAAAAAAUGGCGAAAAGGUAAGAAACUUUUUGGCUUUGGGGUUGGUGAAGCAGUUGCCUGGCUCCUUCCGCGGCUUCAAUUCUGGUUCUAGAGGACCCCAUUUGCAGCCAUGGCGGGCCCUAAGAAUUGCUAUCGCUUCCCAGUGAGUUCUUUCCACGAACCUCAUCUAUUGACUUUGCCCAUGUUUCUCAACUCCUCGCCUUCAAUUUUCCCUGCCAUUCUUCAUUUCUUAAUCAAGAUUGUCGUUUUCAUCUGUUAAUUCUAGUUCCCGAACCAAUCACUUGCUAUUGAAAUGAUAUUAUGCACCGUAGAAUCAGAUUGCCCAUUCGUUAAUCUCGGUUCGUUAGCUGACCUGACCAAUUGACUUAUAGCUGCCGUGUGAAGACUCUCAAAACAUUGCCGAGUCCGUCUUCUAUCGUUCCUCAGUUUUCUACGUUAUUUGGGCAUUUUUCCCCCUGGGGUUUCUUCCAGAAUUGCAAAUUCGUUUGAAUUCAUGGUUCUUGCGAUCCUAUGAAAAGCGUAAAAGGAGGCAUGCGUUGGUUUUUCUCAGUUUGUAUUUGUGACAAGAGGGAUAAACCAAUGAACUCGAAUACGACACCGGUUAUGUUCACUAAUUCCACGAACACUGAGGCUGAAGCUGGUAGAUCUGGUUCUGAACUUAAUUCACAAAAUGUUUCUAACAGUAGCUCAGAAUCCUCAAGGAGAAAUUAUAUACAAAGCAUGUCUGAAAGAGCUAGCAACCUCCGAGUUUUUACCGUGUCCGAUCUCAAAUCAGCUACUAAAAAUUUCAGUCGAACUUUUAUGGUCGGAGAAGGUGGUUUUGGAUGCGUUUAUAGAGGGUUAAUCAAGAGUGCAGACGAUCCAUCUCAAAAAAUAAAAGUUGCUGUCAAACAGCUUGGUAAAAGAGGAUUGCAGGGUCACAAGGAGUGGGUGACAGAAGUGAAUUUUCUUGGAUUUGCUGAACAUCCAAACCUUGUUAAAUUGGUUGGCUACUGUGCUGACGACGACGAAAGAGGAAUACAGCGUCUACUGGUUUAUGAGUUUUUGGCUAAUGGAAGCGUGUUGGACCAUUUAUCGAGUCGAGAGACAACUCUUUCCUGGGCCAUGAGAUUAAGAAUUGCCCGGGAUGCUGCUCGUGGACUAACAUAUCUUCAUGAAGAAUUAGAUGUUCAGAUAAUCUUCCGGGAUUUCAAAUCUUCGAACAUUCUUCUGGAUGAACAAUGGAAUGCGAAGCUAUCGGACUUCGGACUCGCCAGGCUAGGACCUCCAGAAGGGUUUACUCAUGUCUCCACAGCGAUUGUAGGAACAAUGGGAUAUGCAGCUCCUGAGUAUGUUCAGACUGGACGUCUCACAUCCAAGACCGACGUAUGGAGCUAUGGGGUCUUCCUAUAUGAACUCAUAACUGGUAGGGUCCCCAUAGACCGAAACCGUCCAAAGAGCGAGCAGAAGCUUUUAGAAUGGGUAAGGCCAUAUCUAUCAGACACAAAGAAGUUCCAGCUAAUACUGGAUCCAAAGCUGAAGGGGAAAUCACACAUCAAAUCUGCAUAUAAGCUGUCGAAUGUAGCGAACCGUUGCCUUGUUCGAAAUCCGAAGAAUCGUCCAAAGAUGAGCAAUAUUUUGGAAAUGGUUAGCCAGAUUGCAGAAGCAUGGACAGAAACGGGAAACUCACAAGCUCCCUUGGAAACUCUUACAUCAUCAAAAACUCCCAAGCCUGCCGAGCCAUGGAAUGAUAGAAAAACCAUAGAUUCUCGACAUAGAAACAAUGGUUGGUUUUCGUGUUUAUCGGCACCGAAGCUUUUGAGAACGUGCUGAUCUGAUUGAAGUAGCAGUUAACGAGUUUAGCCGAUCGAUUUCAAGUGCCAGGUAGAUGAUAAUCCUGUAACAUAUGCUUCUGUUUUUGUGCAGAUAAAAGUGGCUAGAACAGCUGCUUUUCCAUGCACUAAAUCCAUUUUUUCCCCUUCUGUUCUUAUUUUUCUUGUUUCAACAAGUUGAUAAGCUUAUCAUAGUUGUU